ACCGAGCUCCACUCGCCUCUCCGCUCUCGGAGAAAGAAGCUUUCCCCGCGGGCAGGAAGCAAGACCCCGCCACGCUUCAACUACCCACAUCCUCGCCGGUUAUUCCUCCUUUAUAAGUUUUUUUACUCCUUUUUUUUUUUGGUUGUCGAAGAUGGCCUGCGGGGCGACGUUAAAGCGCUCGAUGGAGUUCGAGGCCCUCCUCAGUCCGCAGUCUCCCAAGCGGAGGAGGUGCAACCCCUUGCCGGGGACUACCGGCACUCCGUCCCCGCAACGAUGCAACCUCCGCGCCCCGGUGGUGGACAGUCCGACGCACGCCAUGUCGCCGCAGAGCAUGGGCGGCGAGAGCAGACUCACGCCAGAGCAGAUCUUCCAGAACCUCCGCCAGGAGUACAGCCGCAUCCAGAGGCGGCGGCAGCUGGAGGGGGCCUUCAACCAGACCGAGGCCUGCGGCUCCACCGACGCCCCCAGUCCCACUUCCUCCCUGCACGCCCCCAGCUCUCCACCAGGUGCCUCGAGACGGGACCAACCCUCGUUCACGCUCAAGCAGGUGAGCUACCUGUGCGAGCGCCUGCUCAAAGACCACGAGGAGAAGAUCCGGGAGGAGUACGAACAGAUCCUUAACACAAAACUGGCAGAGCAAUAUGAAUCGUUUGUGAAAUUCACACAAGAUCAGAUCAUGCGAAGAUACGGCGCUCGGCCCGCCAGCUACGUCUCCUGAACUCGACGAGAUUCCACUGGCUUCCUCUCUCUUUCUGUCACAAGCUGGCUGACCUUAUACGGCCCUUCUACCACUUCUUGUUUUUACCAGCACACACACACACACACACACACACACACACACACACACACACACACACACACACACACACACACACACACACACACACACAGUGCCAUGGUUUAUCUGCUUUGUAUCCAAAACUAUUGCUGCUGGCCAAAACCUUUCAAAGAAAUGUUGAGAGACGAUCUCGUUAUGUUAUGAAGCCCCGCCCCCUCCCCCUUCCAGAACUCCCUUGAUAUUUUUCUUUGUUUUUUUUGUUUUGUUUUUUUUUUCUUAUUUUCCUCUGCAAAUCCCUUCUUCCCCUCUGGCCCCGGCACUGUAGAAUAAAACGCUUCUUCCUGGCUCAUGUGAUGAUUCUGUAUAACCCUUUUUGAGCAGCUGUGAUGAAACGCUCCUCA